AUGUCUGCUAUCUUGCGUGAUACGCCGUUUGGGCAGGCGCUCCGCUACUUCACAGGUGACUCGAUAUUGAAGUAUCCCGAGGAGGAACCGAACUUUGACGUCUCCAAACAUCUACGCAACACAGCUCCCUCCGGAGCUGUUAGCACGAAUCAAAGUCAAAUUGAUCUUGACCAAGAAGACCUGGAGAAGGAUCCAACAGAUGUAGAAAAAGGGAGCAACAUCGACGAUGUUUUGCCAGACUCGACUGCUGUAGCAUCUGCACAUCAUCAUCAUGAUGGAGAGUCUCUAAAGGCCGACACAGUGACGUGGUACAGCGACACCGACCCUGAGAACCCUCAGAACUGGACGACACAACGCAAAGCUUCUUCGUUCCUUCUCAUCUGUCUCCUAACCUUCGCCAUCUACAGCUGCUCCUCGAUCAUUACCCCAGCAGAGUUCACCUUCCGAACACAAUGGGGUGUCUCACCACAAGCCUCGUUACUGGUCCUGUCAAUGUAUGUCCUCGGAUAUGGUUGUGGACCCAUGAUAUUUGCACCUCUCAGCGAGGUACCUAUGCUGGGUAGAAACACGCCGUACAUCGUCUCCUUCGCGAUGUUUUUCAUCAUGACCAUUCCUUGCGCGACUGUAACGAACUAUCCGGGGCUGGUGGUCUGUCGCUUUUUCCAAGGCUUCUUUGGCGGGCCCGUGCUGGCUACAGGAGGAGCAUCAGCUGGUGACAUCUUCCACUUCUGGGCGGUGCCCUAUGGCAUGGCGAUGUGGGCAUGUGCUGGCUACAGCGGACCGGCUCUUGGUCCGGUGAUGAGCGUUUUCGCUAUCGAGGAGCGCACGUGGCGAUGGUCCAUGUAUGAGACUCUCAUCAUCUCUGGAGUUACGUUCAUCUUGAUGUUCUUCCUCUUGCCGGAGACGAAUCCCGAAACAAUCCUGCUUCGACGAGCUCAACGUCUGCGAAGAAUUACGGGCCGCGAUGAUUUACUGUCAGAGACGGAGAAGCGCGACGGUCACUUGACGUGGCAACUUAUCAGCAAUAAGUACAUCAUCAUGCCGUUCAAGAUCCCACUGCUUGAUCCCGCCAUCGGCUUUAUCCAUCUUUACAUUGGCUUAAUUUACGGCAUUUAUUACUCGUUCUUCGAAGCAUUCCCGGUUGCUUAUCUCGAAGUCUACGGCUUCUCCAUACAGUCCAUGAGCAUUGUCUUCCUGACCAUCGGCAUUGGAGCCGCUCUUGCAGCUUUCUUGUACAUUGCGCUCGUCUACUUCAUUUACGAACCAUACACCAAAAAGAACGGAAUCGGACAUCCAGAAUACCGUCUCGUACCGGGCCUUGUUUCGGCCUCGCUGCUGCCCAUUGGGCUGUUCUUGUUCGGCUGGACUGCCCGCCCAGGCAUCAACUGGGCUGUACCUACGCUUGGCGUCUUGAUUUUCGCAUCAACAUCUUUCGUCCUCAUCCAAGUGAUCUUUGUCUACCUUCCUACAAGCUAUCCGCGAUAUGCCGCGAGCAUCUUUGCUGGUAACAAUCUCCUCCGUAGCGUCAUCGCGUGCUGCGCAAUCCAUUGGUCCCUACCGCUCUACGCGAACCUGGGUAUUGGGCGUGGCGUCAGUGUUGUAGGAGGGAUAUGCGCAGGCUGCUUAAUCCCGCUCGUCGCGCUGUGGCACUACGGUCCGACACUGCGAGCAAAGAGCAGAUUUGCCGACACUUAUUGA